UUUAGUAAUUUAAUUUGUUGUUUACUACUGCGUAGUCACCUAAGCAGUAGUUAUUAAGCUCUAAAUGAAGCAUUGACUGCAGAGGUCUGACGCUUGAAGCUUGCUGCUCGAGCUGAGUGGCGACUCUGAUCCUUCUAAAGGCAUGGCCUCCCAGCAGAGAUCUCUUCUAACCCCGAGAUGUUUCCAGCUGCAACAGCAGCAAGUUUCCCAGUUGAGUAUCCAUGAGCGGCAGCAGCAGCCUCCUCAGCUACAGCAACAGAGAAUGGGAAAACCAAAAAUUCCAAGUGGAAUCAGUAGGUCGUGAGUAAUGGAGAAGAAAGAGUGUCAUUACUUCCCAUCUACAUAUUCAGUAGUAACAUUCGUCUCAUUCCUUCAUUAGUUUUGCAUCCCCAUCAAGUCCCAGCGGUGUGGUAAUUACCAAUUAAUUCUGCAUCAGAUAUCCUUUAUUUUGUUGACAUUAGAAGAAUUAUAACUCUUCAACCAUUUCUUCAAUUUCAGUUAAGUAUUGGGUUUCUUCAUUCUUGUCCAGCUUUUUGGUAUUAGCCUUUUUGAUGUAAAGCAUAGCCUAAUAUAAAUUACAUUCAGAU